AUGGCGGACGAGGAAGAAAAAGAUCAAAAAUUUGUUUGUCAAUGUUUUUUYACUCACAACAUUUUUCUGGAAGAAUAUAAGGCACAUAUCGUGUUUGAAAAUGACGAGCAAUUUUUUUGUAAAUAUAGAAAGGCUUUGUAUGAGAGAGGUUGUGUAUCAGAGGACCAAUGGAGAACUGCAGUUAUGAAGGUAAAGGAAGAGGUUAAAAGACGACAGAACCUWGGAGAAGCUUCACUGCAGAGAAAACAAACUAUUUUACAAGAUUAUACACCCAAACAUYCUCAGGUUUACCAGCUACAGGAAUCUUAUCUUUCAGAGGGUUUCUUGAAAAUUGUUGACUUUUGCAAAAGAGAAGAUUCAAAUGUCAAAGGUUUACUCUCAAUGCUUGAUAUAUGCGAUGGAAAUAAAAUCUACAGACUUCCUGUAUUUACCGAUGAAUUUUGUUCACUUUUGACUGAUGAGCUCAAGCAUUUUGAAGCAUCAGACCUUCCAAAAGGCAGACCAAAUACCAUGAACAACUAUGGGAUAUUACUAAAUGAACUUGGKUUUGAUGAGGACUUCAUCACACCUCUAAGGACACAAUAUCUUAGACCAAUAACUACACURCUGUUCCCAGAAUGGGGCGGCAACUCCUUGGACUCUCAUAAAGGUUUUACUGUACAGUAUAUGACAGGGCAAGAUGUUGACCUCAGUAACCAUUAUGAYAAUGCAGAAGUGACAAUCAAUGUCUGUCUUGGUAGGGAAUUCACUGGUGGGCAGUUAUACUUURGUGACAUGAGACAGGUUCCUCUUCAAGAAACAGAGUGCUCUGAGGUGGAUCAUUUCACUGGCUAUGGCAUUCUUCACAGAGGGCAACACAUGCAUGGGGCUUUGCCAAUAACCACAGGUGAAAGAUGUAACCUGAUUAUAUGGAUGAGAUCAUCWAGAAUACGCAACAGUCUUUGCCCAAUGUGUAAUGAAAAACCAAGAUUGGUCAAAACUUUUGGAAUUGGAGAUGGAUUCACAGGAGCCGAAAAUGUCCAACUUUGUACGACUACAUAAUUUACGAAAAACUUAAUUUCAGGGCUUAAGAUGACAAUAUCUGGCCAGAUUUGGUACAAAUUUUUGCCCUGCUGGUCAUUUUGACCUGUAACAUUGAGCCAGAAAUGAGAUAUGACCAAGCCAAAACUAAUUUGGCCUGUGAUCGUGACUGGCAACUGACUGGUCUUUAUUUUUAGCCCUGAAUUUUUUACAAAUUUUAAAUUGCAUAAAAGUUAAAUUUAAAAAUUAUGGAAAAUAAUAAUAAAAAGAGAUAAAUAUAAAUUUAAGUAACCAAGUAGACAAUUCAUUAAUGUAUUUUUAAGCAUUUUUAUUCCAACAUGAAUUAAGAUGCCCAGCAACAAUUGCAGUAUAAAAGUAUAUAAAGCACACAACAUAAGCUCUUUCAUUGAUCUCAAGUCAGGAGAACUGCCAUUGAAUUUUUUUCAAAUAAGAACAAGAGAUAAUAUUGCUGUUAUGAUAUUGGUACAGGUGUAAUUCUGCCCUUCUCUUCACGUUUUUCCAAUCAGAUUCAUCCUUGUGAUUUUUCUUCUUUGUCAUCAUCAUACUUAAAUGAUAUCAUGCUAGACCUAAGAAAACAACAUGAUGAAUUUUAAAAUAUAAAGUUUUUAAACUGCUGCAAUUUCCAGUUGUUCUGACAAGGGCUGUCAAAAUAUUGGGAAUCAUGCUAGACCUAAGAAAACAACACGAUGAAUUUUAAAAUAUAAAGUUUUUAAACUGCU